CCUCCCCAACCCGAUAAACUAGAGUACAGAAACCUCCCACCCCAGACUCCUCCUGACGGAUCCUCAGAUUCAGGUGUCCCUCCAGCCACCAUGAGGUUGUUCAUCUCCCUUCCGGUCCUGGUUGUGGUCCUGGCCAUGGUUUUGGAAGGCCCAGCCCCGGCCCAGGCAUCCUCAGAAGUCUCCAGCACAUUGGAGAGCAUACCUGAUAAGCUGAAGGAGUUUGGGAAAACUUUGGAAGACAAGGCCCGGGAAGCCAUUGACCACAUAAAACAGAAGGAAAUUAUUACCAAGGCCCGGAACUGGUUUUCAGAAACAUAUGGCAAAGUGAAGGAGAAGAUCAAAACCACAUUCGCCUGAGCUCCUGGCUGACCACACCCCAUCUUGGUCUCAACCUCCACGUGAUAUAUGAUACCUGAUAGGCAGGUCCUUCAUGCCAAUAAAAAGCCUACAGAGAACUCA